CCCCCCUCUGACUUUCCAAAGAAGACAAAGUGGUUUAUGCCCAAUAAAUUUAGGUAUCUGACAUGAAAAAAAUCCCCAGGUCUGUCAGUAAUGGCAGACCUGGGAUUCCCCAGAGGCUGAAAGCUCCCACUGACUGACAGCUUCUGGUUAGCCAUGCGCUGGUUCUCUCAGGCUCUGGCAGUUAAGGAAGCUGUGCUUCUGUGCACCUCUAACUCUCCUCCCACUGGGUGCUUCCUCCCCUCUGCGGAGAGAUACCCUUCUCCUUUCAGCCCCAUCUGCACCAGUGGCCAGAGCUACAAGGCCUUUUCAAAGUCAGAGCACAAGGCAGGCUGAGAAGGCAGUGGAAAGUGGGGCUGAGAAGGCCUUGAGGGGACUGAAAACAUGGGGAACUAUCUGCUGAGGAAACGCAGGUGGCAGCAGGACACUCAAGAAAUACCUUGGAACCUGAGAAUCCAAAACCCCAAAGAGAAAACAUCCAGGAAAAAAAUACGGACUUUUAAAGCAAGACGAGAUUCCCAAAAGGAAAAUGAAGGAAUUCCGGCUGUUCCCACGCAGGGACAUGGUGACGAGACCUCUGCAGAGGAGCUAUGCUACACCCUCAUUAACCACAGGGUUGUCGAGAGAAGGCCAUCGGUGAACUCUGCUGAGGCGUACUAUGAAAAUAUUUUCCUCCAGGCUGAGAGGCCCAGAGAGUCCUCAAGAGGAACUGAAACGACUUACGCACUUAUCCAGGUCCCUCCCACCCCUAGGCAUCUACCUUCCCCAGAAGGCGAAUAUGAACUUCUCAUGCCUCAUAGAAUCUACUCUCACUUCCAGCAACAGCCAGGUCCACUUAUGUCCACUUCUGAGACUCAGUUUUCCCAUUUAUAACAAUGUAGUUGGGCCAGAAUUUGUUUAGCGGUAGCCAUCCAAUCUGUGAAACACAUACAAGCGGGGAAAGAGGGUGUGGUUGAAGCAGGCAUGGGCAGAGAACUCUUACAGCUUACCUCACCCCCCAAACCCUUCUGUAAGGGUCACUGCACAGCGUGGUUUGCAAACCACAGGGCCUCUCAGAUCCUGCUGGAUCACCAAUAUGCAAAGAUAACUAAGUACCCUGAACACCACUCACUGAGAAUAUGGCGACCAUCCUUGGUUCUAUUUGGUUCAGGAGAUGGACAGCUCUACUCAGUGAUGGAGAAACCCAGGUAGCAUGGUGGUUAAGAGCUAUGGCUGUUAACCAAAAGGUCAGCAGUUUGAAUCUACCAGGCGCUCCUUGGAAACCAUGUGGGGCAGUUCUACUCUGUCCUGUAGGGUCUCUAUGAGUCGGAAACGACUGGACAGCGAUGGGUUUGGUGUUUUGGUUUUUAUUCAGUGAUGGGAGGGGCUUUCUGGUGCUCUACAGGUUGUGUGCAUCACAGAAGGUUCUGCUCCUUGGUGCUGGUUCUCCUUAGAAACAGUCCACAAGGUUGUCUUGUAAAGUCAUUGGAAGAUUUCCUCAAGAUACCAAGUGAACCCAAUUGGGAGUCUGUUCACUGCACACAUGUCUGUAGACGCAGGCUCCUCACUGUGACCUUCCAGCUCAGACCCAAGGUGGCAGCCUGGGGUGUAACUCACACUCCACACCUCUGUGCAAUGACCUCUUGCAUGUCUCUCCUACAACUUGUUGGUCCCAGUGGUUUGCUUGAUCAUGUGGACUAAAUCAAGAGGUUCCAGGACAGCUUGUCAGAAUUUAAACCCAUGUCUUUAAUUUUUUUUAAAACUUUCUAUCUCUUCCUAGAAAUCUCAGAAAGAAAAUCAUAGCAUCAGAGACUGAUAGAGUAGGAGAGCCUUUGGAGGUUCUCCAAUCUCCCCCUCCCCCCCGCCACCGCCUUUCUUUUUACUCAGAGAGGGUAAGUUUGCCCAAUGUUACCUGGCAAGGUAAUGACCAAACUUGGACUACAGCUUGGAUCUCCUGGCUUCCAAUUCGGUGCUUUUCCAAUAUACUACAGAAAAUAGCCUCUACUAUAUGGUAAAUGUAUACAUUAAAUAAUAUGCUAUAUAUAAAGAGACCUGGUGGCACAGUGGUUAAGAGCUAUGGCUGCUAACCAAAAGGUCCACUCUGUCCUAUAGGGUCACUAUGAGUCGGAAUCCACUCGACAGCAAUGGGUUUGUUUGGUUUGUAUGGCGCUAUGUAGAAAAUAUGAAUAAAAUAUCCACAUGGAAAAAUAAAACAUACAGAUACAUACACACCUUCUCUAAUGAGCACUCCUGUACAUGCAAUUAAGGCACCUCGUCUUUUCUUCAGCUCUUAAAAUCACAUUUAUUCUCUAAACCAGGGGUCGGCAAACUGUGGCCCACAAGGCAAAUGUGGCCCACUGCUCAUUUUUGUAAGUUUUAUUGGAGCACAGGCAUCCUCAUUUGUUAGAUAUUGUCUGCGGCUGCUGAACCACAGGAGAGCUGAGUAGUUGUGACAGAAACCAAGCUGUUGUUGUAUGCUGUUGAGUCAAUCCCAACUCAUAGCGACCCCAUGUGACAGAGCAGAAUUGCCCCACAGGGUUUUCUUGGUUAUAAUCUUUACAGAAGCAGAUUGCCAGGUCUUUCUCCCAUGGAGGUUCUUGGUGAGAUUGAACUGCCAACCUUUCAGUUAACAACCAAACAACUGUUGCACCACUCUUCGGCCCUUUGCAAAAAAAAUUUUAUAGACCCCUGCCCUAACUGAGCAAACUUUGAGUUAAACUUUAGAAAAUAAAAAUUUGUUUUGGUCAUUGAUGUGAAUUCCUAAGAGCUGGUAGCAAUAAAGAGCUAUGAAAACAUUAGACCACAAAUUCGCUGAGUGAGGCGAAAAACAAUUAGUAAAUUAGAAUGUUCCUGUGUUCACAUCUCUCUUCUCAACUGGCUGUUUUACUUAACAACCAGUCCUAAUUUAUACCAGUUGCCGUCGAGUUUUUGAUUCUGACUUGUGGUGACCCCAUGUGUGUCAGAGUAGAACUGUAUUCCACAAGGAUUUCAAUGCUUGUGAUAUUUUAGAAGCAGAUCUCCAGGUCUUUCGUCUGAGAUGCCUCCGGAUGGAUUUGAACUGCCAACCUUUUGUCUUCUAGCUGAGAGCUUAACUAUUUUAGCCACCCAAAAACCUGUUUUCGUUUGGUUAGUUCUGACUGAUAACCCUAAAGGACAGUGUAGAAUUGCCCCAUAGGGUUUCGAAGUAGUGGCUCGUGGAUUGGAACUGCUGACCUUUUCAGUCAGCAGCUGAGUUCUUAAUCACUGCAUCACCAGGGCUCCUUUAGCCACCCAAGGACCCCAAUUUAAGGACAAUAAAAUAGCCAGAAGUUUGCUGAGACAAGGAACAGACGGCUUAUGUGUUUAAUUACUGUUCUGUCCCCAAAGAUAACCAAAACUAAAUAACUUUGUGAUUUGAAAUGUGCCAGGUGCCUAAAGAGGAUCAAUCUAGUAGCUUCAGAUUGGAUGUGUCAACCUAGGUUUGCUGAGAUUUUAACCAGUUGAUGGUUUUCAGCUAAGGAGCCAAUCAUAUCUUGGUAUCGUACCCUCUGCUAAUUUCUAUUUUUAGCAAAAUUCCUAUACAUGGAACCUUAGCUUUGACCUUUGGGCAACAUUCACUCAUGUUCAGAAGGAGGUAUGUGUAGUAGCAGUCAAUGCCGUUCAAGAAACAACGUGGCUUAGAGGAAAGAAUUCCACCACCGGUGUCAGAUAAUCAGCAGAUUCAAAACCUGGUUUGCCCCUCCUUGCUCUGUGACCCUGAGCAUGUCACUUGGAUGCUUAGCUUUCUCACCCAGAAAUGAGUGGAUUACAUCCAAUGUACAUAAAUCAUCUACCACAAAACUCAAGUAAAUCAUACCAAAAAAGCAAAGACAAGCAAACCUUUUUAUGAUGUAUGGGGAAAAAUAUGAUGUGUCUGGUUAUCCGGUCUACAAAAGUAGCCUGCAGUGAUCAGGCAUUGCUGAGCCAUUCAGCUGUCUUCCCAGUGAACUAGGAAUAUUGAACCGUUGGGUUUUUAUGCUGGGAUUUUUCACAUUGCCAUUGGACCACUGUAGAAGCUGAUUGGGAUGAAUAUUCUUAGCACACUAUGAUGUUAUAUUUGUUCGAGUUUUAUCUUGUGAAAGUAUUACCUGAUCCAAACAGUAUACACAUUUUGACCAAGAAUAUACUGGGCAUAAAGGCUUACCCAAAGAAAGUUGUUCUUUUAAUGAAAUGUA